AUGUAUAAAAAGAAUUCGACAGAAAAAUUAGUUAGAAAAAAUGCUUCUCCAACUCAUGAAAAAGAGAAUAACUCCUAUGCUCGUAAAUAUAGUAGAAAACUAUUGAGUAGAUAAAGCAAUCAUGAUGAAUAUGAAAAUGUCAAAGACAAUGUAUUAUCAACUUAUAACUCUAAUACAAACUCAACAAAUCAAAGUGAAAGUGUCACUCAACUCUAAUAAAUUAUUUAGCAAUAGAAACGAUAAAUCCAAAAUCUGAAAAUGGGUUGUCCUCGUUGUUUAACCAAAUAAAAUACAGAUCUGGAAUUGAGGAACAAAAUUUUAGUUUAGAAUAAUCAAAUACUAUCCUUGUUGUCAAGGGAAACACAGCAAUCAGAUUAUACAGAACUAUACAAGAUAAAUCAGAUGUUGUAAUAAUAGAAUGAGGAAUUAAAAUUAAAUAAUGAAAUUUUGAUUUAAAAUCAAUAGGAAAUAUUAUAAGAAAAUAUGUUCUUGAAAAAUUUGUUUGCUGAAUCCAACAAUAUUACAAAUGCAAAAGAAAAUUCAAGCUGUAAUUUAUUGAAUUAAUGUUGAUAGAAUUAUUCAGUCUCUCAUAAUCCUAAGGAAGAUUCUCAUCCAUUUUGUAGUUAAACUCGCAAGUUCAAUCUCCAUCACAUGCUAAAUAACAUCAUGAGAAACUGUUUAACUUAUUAAAAUGAGUUCUGAUUUUAUUAUCCAUAUAUAAUAUUUUAAUUUAUUAUGUUUUUUAAGUAUUACUCUCUCAUAUUUUAGCUUUGCUCGUUUCUUUCCUCAGCAAUAAUAACUGGAUUCCUUGUUAGCUGACCCUGAUUGUGAAUUAGAAACUAUCUUAUCGGCUGAUAAUAUUUUAUAAGAAAUCAAAGGAGUUGGAGCCAAUAAAUUUGCUGAUCAGUACACAUUUAAUAAUGAAUUAUUUAUAGCAUAACCAAGCACCCAGAAAUGUAUUAGAGAAUGAUUCAUUAUGUAAUUUCAGUCGACGAUGAAUUGAUCGAUAAAAAGACAUAAAUCUAGUAUGAUAUAGCAUUAUUAUCAAAAGAUACCCAUUCUUAUGCAGUGAAAUUUUAGGCAGUUAAAAUUAGAAGUUAUUGGAUUUUCUAUUUGAAAGACCAGAGGAAGGAAUAGAAGCAGAUGCAGAAAUGAUUAGAGUUAACUUGUACGAUCAAUUGAUUAGCUUUCUUGAAGCAGAUGUAUUCAAUAUGACAUCGGCAGGUUAUUUUUCUAAAGCAUUCCUUGCGAUUAUUAAGAAACGAGGAUUUGAUGUAUCAUUUAUUCAAAUUUUUAGGUUUGGACCCAAAUUAUUAAUAAUAAACAAAUUUUAUCGAAUUUAAUAAAACACAUAGAUUGUAAACAUAUUGCAGAAAUCAUCGAAAAAUUAAUAAUUCUAGAUACAACCCAAGAAUUCACAAACGAGACAUUUCUUAAUGAAAGAAAGAUACUAUUACAAAGAAUUAUAAUAUUGAUGCAGAAUAAAUACUAUUGUUCAGAGAUCGUUGAAAACGUUUGCGAAGUUUUAAUUGAAAUCACCACUAAAAAUAUGAGUUGCUUAUAUUAUAACAAUCCUGACAUUGUUCCAUUUAUUGAUUAAAUUACAAGGCCAGAAUUGUUAUUUGAAAUUGCAAUGAAAACUUAAAAACCACAGCCAAUAUAAGUUAUCAUCAAUUUAGUGGAAAUGUCUUCAAAAGAGUCCAAAAAAGAAGAAGAUGAUGAAGUCAUUCACAAUAAUGAGAAGGACUUCUCAAUUUUUUAAAACAUCGUGCCUGAACUACCUUAAAAUUUAUUAAGUAAAAGAUAUUGUGCUGCUAACUUCAAAAAUUCUAAUUAAGAAUAAGUGUAACCAUUUGGACUACAUAAGAUUAUGCUAUUAAAGUUAAUUUAAACGUUCGUUCAGUAAUUAACUCAUAAUUAUUAUUAGAACUAAUGAUAUCACUGUUAUUGAAGCUCUGCUAAAUGCUGGUUUGAUUUAAGUGUUAGAAACUAUUUGUAUUUAAUAUCCAUCUAACAAUCAAAUUCACAUUAUCACAGAAAAGAUCAUAAAAUCCAUUCUGGAUUUAAAUGAUGAAAAAUUAACAGAAAAUGUUAACUCUAUAUACUAUUCUAGGUCUUUGAGUUUGGAUCACUAAUCGAAUUUAUUAUUGGAUACCAUACAGAAUAGAAUGAAAAAAAGGGAUAUUUAGCUCUUUUGACCUCGCUAUCCAACUAUCUCCUUGAGAAAUCUUACAACAAGACAAUUCUAUAAUAUUAUCAAGACAGUAUGAUCUUAAUUAAUAGUAGAUGAACAAUGGAUGGAAUUUGUUAAAAAUAGACUGUCCAACAUUAAUCAAAAAGAGAAACCUUUUCUAUGUAAUGUGAAUCCAAAGGCAAAAUCAGAAGUGGCUGAUGAUCAGGAAUCUGAUAUUAUGCAGAUUUUACAAGUAAUUAUUUAGAUGAAUCAUGUAGAAAGUCAAUGACUCUUAAUAUGGUUAGUAAAAUUAAAGUGAAUAAUAUUAAGAGAAGGAAUCCUAAAAAAUUGAAUAAGAACUAGAGAAUAAUAAUUAAUAAGAUGAUGGAGGUCUAGAGGAUGAUGAGAAUAUCUUGAUGGAUAUGAAUGAUGACUAGGGUUGGAAUGAAGACAUACUUCAAACCAAAAAAUAGAAUCAAGAUGAUCAGGCUUAAGGAAACUUAAAUCAAGAGUCUUCGUAAUCAACCUCAGAUAAUGAUAAGGAACUCAUUCACAAAGAUGAUAAUGUUUCUUCUUUAUUUAAUCACAGUUUAUUUUGGAAGAUUGAAUAUGAUAAUAAAGAGGCAGAAGAUAUCUUAAAUAAUUAUGCGUGA